AUGAUAGAAGACAGCGAGAUCUGCAAACUGCCCGCCGAAAGAGGACGAUGCAAAGGCGUCGAACUUCGGUUCUACUUUGAUGCAAGUGACGCCACCUGCAAGUCAUUCACCUACGGCGGAUGCCGUGGGAACGAGAACAAUUUUGAAUCCGAGGCGGAGUGUUUGGCUAAAUGCAGCAGUUCAGGUAUGGUUCGUUUUUUGGCAUGA